AUGGUGGGGCCAUUCACGAUCUUCUCCAUGGUUCCCUUUGUCCUGUUGUGCUCCCUAGGGAUCAUGGCUAAUGGCUUCAUUGUUGUGGUACUGGGAAGGAAGUGGGUUCAAUGCCACUGGCUGUCUCCCUAUGACGUGAUCCUGAUCAGUUUGGGUGCCUCCCGUUUCUGCCUGCUGUGGCUUGGAAUGAUACACAACUUUUACUAUUUUCUUCACCACCUACAAUAUUUCAAGGAACCUGCCUGCCAGUUCUUUGGGAUUUAUUGGGAUUUUCUGAAUUCGGUCAAUUUCUGGUUUGCCACUUGUCUUAGCGUUCUCUUUUGUGUGAAGAUUGCAAACUUCACUCACCCCAUUUUCAUUUGGCUGAAGUGGAGAGUCAAUAGACUGGUACCCUGGUUCCUACUAGUCUCACUUUUAAUCUCUUUCAUUGUCUCCAUGCUGUUUUUUGUGGGUAACAAUGCUUUGUACCAGGCAUUCUUGAAGGGGACAUUCUCUGGGAAUAUAACCUUAUAUGACUUCACUAGGAGUCUAGAAAUCCACUAUUUUUUCCCUUUGAAACUCAUUACAUUGUCUAUCCCCUCUUCUAUCUUUCUAGUCUCGAUAGUUCUUCUGAUUACCUCUUUGCGGAGACACUCCUGCAAAAUGCAACAUGGUGCCCACAGUGCCCAGGAUACUAGUACUGAGGCUCAUACCAAAGCUCUGAAGUCUCUGUUCUCCUUCCUAGUUCUUUAUGCUCUUUCUUUUAUAUCUUUUAUCACGGAUGCUGCCUUUUCUGGCUUUGGGAGUUCCUGGUACUGGCCAUGGCAAAUUGUGAUUUACUUCUCCAUAUCUGUUCAUCCCUUCAUCUUGAUCCUUGGCAACUCCCACCUAAGAGGGGCACUCAUGAAGCUUCUUCUUCUGCCUAAAACCUUCUGGAAUGACAAGAGGAUGUCAUCUCCUAUCUAA